AUGGCCCGCUUUAAUUACUUCUACUACCUCUUCGCGGUCUUUGCCGUCCUCGCCCUCGUCGCAAAUGCGAGACCAACAUCCACCCAGCCCAACACCGGCAGCGUAGCUGGCAUGCCCGGCAUGGCCGCUGAAUUCGGGAACGCCAACUCUGGUACCGACAAAACCCAAGACAAGACCUCCUCCAGCGACGCUGAGUCGGCGUAUUUGAGUGAGAUGGAAAGAGCGAUUGAGGCUUUUGAAAUGGCCGCUUCUGCUUCGGCUGGUGCUUCGCGUCCUACCCCCGGCGUACCGACCACGGUCCUAACUUCUGCAAGGAACAUGGCUAGUCCUUCAGCAUCUGCGGCUGCAAAGCCAAAGAGUAUGCUGUCUAACCUGCCUCUGGUUGGAGGCUUGGUUGGUGGAUUGCCUUUCUAA